AUGUCAGAAAUGGAAAGAAGAGUACGCAAGUUAACUCCAAGAGGCCAGGAGAUGUACCAAUCCAACUUGACGUCUUACUUGAGCACCCUCAAGAAAGCAUGGAGAGUUUUUGAAGCAAUCUUGACAGAAUUUGAUGACUCCUGCACGGAUAUUAAGUAUCUAAGGAAAAUUGAAGCCAGAUUUGAGGAGGCCAAAUCUGAAUACAUGGAAAGUUAUGAGUCCCUCAUUUCUUUUCUCAAUCGCACUUGCACAGAUGAAAGUGAUGCAGAACUAGACAACCAGAUGAUUCGACAUCAGAAAUGUUUGAGUGUCAUGAACAAUUUUGAUCAUCAGAUUCAAGACUUGCUUAUAGAUGCUGCAGAAAUACUUUCUGAGAAAUAUGAAACACGAUCCGAAGUUUCUAUCUCAAACAGCAGCCGUCAUUCAUCAGCAUCUAAGAAAAAACAGGAGACCUCUAAAACACAGAUAAAGAAACUCCAGUAUGCUGAGAAAGAAACAGAACUUCAGAAACAGAAAGCCUUACUUGAAGCCAAAUUAAGACUCUUAGAAUGCCAGAAGAAUGUAGAUUCGAUAAAAGCAGAAAUAGAUGGGCUUGAGGAUCAAAGAUCUCAGAUAAUUUCAUUCCCGGAACGACAUCCCCCAGGCAGUAAUGAUUCCUUGAGAGCAACUAAACAAGAAUACACUGCAAACUAUGUUAGUGAACAUUCAAAGUUCAGUGAAGCAAAGAGUGAUUAUGUGUCAUUUGAACAACUGCAUAAAAAGGAUGACAUGUACAAAGAGUUCAACAAAGAUAUUAGAGAUACUCUAUCACAAACCAAUGUCAAGACAUCAACUGAACCUGCUGCUCCAAACGUCAAUAGCUUCCACCUUAAUCCAGCAGCUCAGGAAUUCUAUCCAUAUUCACAUACAGGAGUGGUUGCGAACUUGACACAAUUUCUUCUGAAGAAAGAUCUUCUGAUGUCAAGGUUCAGUCCAUUCAAUGAUAAACCAGAUUGUUACCAAACAUGGAAGGCUAGUUUCACCGGUAUAGUGAGAGAAUUGAACAUUUCCGCAUUUGAAGAAAUGGAUUUGUUAAUCAAGUGGUUGGGACCAGAAUCGAAGAAAUUUGCAAGCAGCAUUAGAGGUUCUAACAUCAAUGACCCAUCCAAAGGACUUUACCGAAUUUGGGAACGACUUGAAGAGCGCUAUGGUAGAACAGAAAUGAUAGAAGCUGCUUUGAAGAAUAAGCUCAGCCGAUUUCCUAAGAUAACCAUGAAGGAACCUAAAAUGCUAUACGAUCUACUGGACAUCCUAACAGAGAUAGAAUCGGCAAAGGAGAACGCCCAGUAUGCUACACUCUUGUCAUACUAUGACUCAUCGUCCGGUGUUAUUCCUAUCAUCAGUAAGUUGCCCCAAAGUCUACAAGAUAAGUGGGUGUCGCAAGCAUCCAAGUAUAAGAAAUACUACAACGUUCCGUUUCCACCAUUCAGUUUCCUAGUGAAUUUCAUACGGGAACUCAGCAUUGUAAAGAAUGAUCCAGCAUUCCAUUACGAUGGAUCUACAGUACCAACAGCGGAGAAAAAGACAAAUGAACUGAAGCGAUCGUUAAGUGUUCACAAUCGGAAAACUGAUCUCACAGUAGAUGACGGAAACAAACACGAAAGACAGGAACAAUCUUCAAGAUGUCCAAUACACAAAGCGUCUCAUUCAUUGAACCACUGUAGAGCUUUUCGAGCCAUGCCAUUACAAGAAAGGAAGGAUUUUCUCCGGGAAAAGGACUUCUGUUACAAAUGCUGUGAAUCUAAACAUUUGUCAAGACACUGUAAAGCCAAUGUAAAAUGUGACCUUUGUGGAAGCAGUCGCCAUGCAACAGCAUUGCACACAGAACAAAGAAAGUUUGAACCCAGAUCUGCUGGCGAAGGAGACAAGGAACAGUAUAAAGUUAACAAAAGACUUGUUUACGGCGGGGAGAAAACUCAGACGAAAACACAUGUCUCCAAUAAGUGUACCGAACUUUGUGGAACUACAUUCAGUGGUCGAUCAUGUGCGAAGGUCCUUCCUGUACUUGUUUAUCCUUUUGACAACAAAGAGCACGCUAUCAAGCUGUAUGCAAUCAUCGAUGAACAGAGUAAUUGUACGCUAGCUAGAUCCGAAUUAUUCGACUUCUUCAAUAUUCAGAGUGACGCAGAAUCAUACACUCUGUUUUCAUGCAGCGGACAAUCUACCUGUAGCGGAAGAAGAGUCAAUGGACUAGUCGUAGAAGCCAUUGAUGGAAGUUGUCGAUUCAACCUUCCAACUGUUAUCGAGUGUGAUGAAAUCCCUGAUAAAAGACGAGAGAUACCAACACCUGAAGUAGCAGACAGAUAUCCUCAUUUACAGGACAUAUCUAAACAUCUGAUGCCAUUAGAUGCAAAUACCGGCAUUCUUCUAUUGAUAGGACGUGACCUUGGUGACGUGCACCAUGUUAUUGAACAGAGAAUUGGACCCACUAACACUCCACAUGCCCAGAAACUUCAUCUUGGAUGGGUAAUUGUGGGAGAAGUUUGUCUUGGAAGAACUCAUAGACCAGACGUUGUCGUAGCAAACAAAAUUGCAGUUUUGUCUGAUGGAAGAGCGACAUUAUCCACACCAUGUCCGAACAAUAUCAAAGUAAAGGAAAACUUACCUGAAGAGAGACAGUGUGAUGUAUUCUUAAAACAUCAAUUUAGAAGUGAAUCGAUUGGGGAGAACAUUUUCCAGACAUCUCAUGAUGAUGAUAAGCCUGGAUUGUCUGUGGAGGACAAAGAAUUUUUGGCCAUCAUGGAUAAGGAGUUUUCUCGUGACGAAAGUGGCCAAUGGGUUGCACCAUUACCGUUUCGAGAGCCAAGACAGAGACUUCCAGACAAUAGACAACAAGCACUGAAAAGAGCAAUGAUUUUAGACGCUAGCCUAAGGAAGAACUCAGUGAAGUGUGAACAUGCAGUUGCCUUCAUGAAACGUAUUCUUGAUGCACAACAUGCAGAGUUAGCACCACCAUUAAAGGACACUGACGAGUUCUGGUACUUACCAAUCUUCAGCGUUUACCAUCCUAAGAAACCAGACCAAGUAAGAAUGGUAUUUGAUUCAUCUGCACAGUGUAAUGGUGUAUCGUUAAACAAUGUGCUUCUAUCUGGCCCUGAUCUGACGAACAGUCUACUUGGUGUUCUUAUGAGAUUCAGACUUGGUGAUAUUGGUAUCAUGGCCGAUAUACAGCAGAUGUUUCAUUGUUUCAAGGUGCGAGAAGAUCACAGAAAUUACUUACGUUUCUUCUGGUACUUAAACAACGAUCCGCACAAGCAGUUGGUAGAAUACCGGAUGUGCGUUCAUGUUUUUGGCAAUAGUCCAUCACCUGCUGUUGCUACAUAUGGACUUCGAAGAACUGCACAUAAUGCUGAAGCUACCUAUGGAAGUGACGUCCGCAGUUUUGUGGAGCGCAAUUUUUAUGUUGACGAUGGUUUGAUUUCUAUGUCAUCUGCAGAAGAAAUCGUUAGCCUGAUGAAGAGAACACAACAAGCUUUGUUGGAAGAAGGAGGUCUUAGGCUUCACAAAUUUGUAUCCAACAGCAGUGAUGUGAUGAAACAUUUUCCUACCGAAGACCUUGCAAAAGACCUGAUGUCACUCGAUCUCUUGAAAGAUAACCUUCCCAUUCAGCGUAGUCUAGGGAUAAGCUGGGAUCUACGAACCGAUUCAUUUACAUUCAGACUCUCCUUAGACGAGAAGCCAUACACUCGCCGAGGAGUCCUGUCUUGUGUGAAUAGCUUCUAUGAUCCCCUAGGACUUGUUGCACCAGUUCUCAUUAGAGGUAAAUUGCUGCUGAGAAAGUUGACGUUAGAAUCUACAGACUGGGAUCAACAUCUACCUGAACAAUACCAAGAGGAGUGGGAGGAGUGGAAACAACAACUACUGCAUCUUGAGAACCUAGAAAUCCCUCGUCCUUACCUUCCUGUUCCGACUAAGAGUCUCGUCGGGAAAGAUGUCCACGUUUUUACGGAUGCGUCAGAAGAUGCCAUUGCCGCAGUUGCCUUUCUUAGAGCAAAGGAUUUAGAUAGCAACUUACAUCAAGGUUUUAUACUCGGUAAAGGAAAAGUGGCACCUAAAAAAGCAGUUACCAUCCCUCGUCUUGAGUUAUGUGCUGCAGUACUGGGUACUGAAAUCGCCAAAAUCAUCAAAGAUCAGUUGGACAUUGAAUCGAAAGAAAUUCAUUUUCAUACAGACAGUAAAGUUGUCCUUGGCUAUAUCUACAAUAAGACAAGAAGAUUUUACACUUACGUUAGCAAUAGAGUUGAGCAAAUUCAUAAGGUCUCGUCACCAGAGCAGUGGAGUUAUGUGCCAUCAGAACAUAAUCCUGCAGACCAAGCAACUAGACCCAUCUCAGUUGAAAAUAUGAAACACAGUCCCUGGCUCUUUGGACCAAAACGAUGGUUUCUUAACAGUCAAGACCAAGACAUAUCAGAAAUACCCGAAACAGAUGAACUAGUUCCAUUGGAAUAUAAUCUCAUAGAUUCCGAGAGUGAUAAAGAGAUUAGACCAGCCGUGACAGUUAAAAAGCUACACAUUGGAGAUUCUGUCAUAGGAACCAAACGACUAGUCAACUACUCAACAUGGAAUAGUUUGGUUUCAGGGAUGGCAAAGUUAAAACAUGUGGCCAGAUGUUGGAGUGGAACAGCACCAUGCAGAGGUUGGCAUAUCUGCAACAAGGCAAAUACUGUUGACCUUUACCUUGAAACAGAGAAACACAUCAUCAGAGAGGUCCAGAGAGAAGUGUUUCAAGAAGAAAUCAGAUGCAUCACAGAAGAUCGAGGACUAAACAAGAGCAAUUCACUCAUGAAAUUAAACCCCUUCAUAGACAGUGAUGGCAUCUUACGUGUAGGAGGCCGAUUAACACAAUCAGAGUUGAAAAUCAAUGAGAGAAACCCUAUCAUUAUUCCUGGAAAGCAACAUAUAGCUACGCUUUUGGUGCGCCAUAACCACCAACUCACUAAACAUCAGGGACGCCAUUUCACGGAGGGCGCUAUCAGAUCCGCAGGCUAUUGGAUAACAGGAGCCAAACGAAUAGUAUCUUCAGUUAUAUUCAACUGUGUGACAUGCAGAAAGAUGAGAAGAAAACCUGAACAUCAGAUCAUGGCAGAUUUACCUCAAGAUCGAUUGUCACCUGGACCACCAUUCUCAAGUGUAGGGGUAGAUACCUUUGGACCUUGGGAAGUUAAUGCACGUCGAACAAGAGGAGGAUUGGCUCAUGCAAAACGUUGGGCGAUAAUGUUUUCUUGCCUCACAUCUCGAGCUGUUCAUAUCGAGGUAGUAGAAGAGAUGAGUUCCUCGUCCUUCAUUAACGCUCUUAGGAGAUUCACUGCUAUAAGAGGCCAUGUUAAAAAGUUCAGAUCGGACCGUGGCACAAAUUUCGUGGGAUCAACAGAAAGUCUAGGAAUCGAUAUAGGUAAUGUAGAAGAUGGACCUGUCAAGAAGUUUCUUUUGGAGAACAGAACAGUAUGGAUCUUCAAUCCACCCUACUCCUCCCACAUGGGUGGAGCCUGGGAAAGGAUGAUAGGCCUCACAAGACGAAUCCUAGACUCCCUGUUGAUAGAAGGUACUGCAGAGAAGUUGACACAUGAAAGUCUUGUUACAUUCUUGGCAGAGGCAAGCGCUAUCAUAAACUCAAGACCGCUAGUGCCAGUUUCAACGGAUCCCGAGUACCCAUUCAUACUUACUCCGUACACUCUUUUGACCCAGAAGACAGACAAAGGUGAAGAACCACUUGGACCCUUUGAAGAAAAAGAUGCAUUUAAGGCACAGUGGAAGAGAGUUCAGCUACUUGCAGACCUAUUCUGGAAACGAUGGCGUAAAGAAUUCUUAGUCACGCUGCAAAGUCGACAGAAGUGGACGCAUAACCAGAGAAAUUUAUCUAUCGGUGAUGUCGUUUUAUUGAAAGAUAACUCAGCACAUCGUUGUGACUGGAAGAUGGCAGUGGUGGAGCAAGUGUACCCAAGUGAAUCUGACAAGAAAGUCCGUAAAGUAAGACUCCGUGUGAACAGGGACGGUAUUAAUGUGUUUUAUACGCGUCCGAUCACAGAGACUGUGCUCCUGAUUGCAGUAUAA